UACAAAGUAUGAGCUGAAUAUUGUAUUAUUACUCAUUCAUGUUCAAGCACGGUACACGUGACUGCGUGGCCACAUGUUUAGCCAGCUUCGUUGUCUCACGAAUUCAUUAAACUAUUUUUGGAUAAUUUGACUAAUUAAAAUCUUGCUCCGCUUGCGAUUCACUUGUCACGGCACGGAAACAUAUCUUAAACAAUGGAAGACAAAGAAGGAUUUGAAGAUAUGGUGGUGACAACCACCAAUACCUUGCCAGUUACCAUGACAGCUGAACUACCAGAAAUCAAGUUGUUCGGACGUUGGAACUGUGAUGAUGUGCAAGUAAAUGAUAUGUCCUUGCAAGACUACAUCGCUGUCAAGGAAAAAAAUGCUAAGUACCUUCCACAUUCAGCUGGGCGUUACGCAGCAAAGCGUUUCCGAAAAGCUCAGUGCCCUAUUGUGGAACGUCUGACCAAUUCCCUUAUGAUGCAUGGAAGAAACAAUGGGAAAAAAUUAAUGGCUGUACGGAUUGUGAAGCAUGCUUUUGAAAUCAUUCAUCUUCUUACUGGAGAGAAUCCUUUACAAGUUCUUGUCACAGCCAUCAUAAACUCAGGUCCCAGAGAAGACUCCACACGUAUUGGUCGUGCUGGUACAGUAAGGAGGCAAGCUGUGGAUGUGUCUCCCUUACGUCGUGUUAACCAAGCUAUUUGGUUGUUGUGCACAGGCGCGAGAGAAGCUGCGUUCCGUAAUAUCAAAACGAUUGGUGAAUGCUUAGCUGAUGAACUUAUCAAUGCGGCUAAAGGUUCAUCCAAUUCAUAUGCGAUUAAGAAGAAGGAUGAGUUGGAACGCGUUGCCAAGUCCAACCGAUAA